UCGACCAGUCGGCAGUCCUCAGCAGCGCGACUCAGCGGCCGCAGCAGCAGCUUGAAAACAGCGCUCUACACGGACGAGACUGACUUGUCCGAACGUUUUGGGCGCACUGAACACGUCCUGCUCCAGAAACAAAAGAGCUCCGCGUUGCCGGUCUUCGUCUGAUCCCCCGCCCAGGAUGCUGAUCUACGUGGUGCUGGCCGCCGCCCUGCCGCUCGCCCUGGCCUGUCCGUGCCCGCCCGCGCCCGCCGCCUCCGAGGUGUGCGGCUCGGACCUCGUGACGUACCCCAGCCAGUGCAACCUGCAGUGCGCCGCUGUGCCCGGCCUCUCCCUGAAGCACGCCGGGCCGUGCUCCCCCGUGGAGGAGGAGGACAGCGCCGCCCAGCAGACCGACGGGCGCGACCAAUCGCGGCGCUCGGCCACCGAGGAGAAGAAGAAGAGGGAAGAGUGUAAAUGGAAGCCCCAGUGCUUGAUUGCGGAGGAUUGCGGCUGCCGAAAGGAGGAUAGCCUCUGCCACAACAUGUGCUGGCGGAACUGUGACUGCAGCUGCGCCGGAUACCCGCGGGGCGGUGUGAUCUACGACCUGUAUACGGAGUGCUGGUUCAGGGCGAAGUGCGAUGAGACGUACCGCCAGUGUAAGGAGGAUUGCGGAGGGCAGGAGUGCGAGGCCCAGUGCUGGCUGGACAACUACAAGUGCGAGUGCGAGUGCGUACAAGAGGCAACGGCCUCGCAAUGGAAGCUCAGCUGGGACGCAUGCCUUGAGCGAGACCAGUGCCACAACAGAACCUGCAGCGAGUGCACAGCAGCUGAUCCAGCAGACGAACUCUGCGCCAAGAGGUGCGAGAGGAAGUGUCAGUGCGCGUGCGCUGGCCAUCCCCGGCGCGACUUGAGCGGCGAGUGGGAAGAGUGCUUCAUCGGCACGCAGUCCUGCGAGGCGGCACACAGGGCGUGUGCGGAGAAGUGCAUCGACCAGGAGUGCAGGGACAAGUGUCAUCUAGAGUCGCUGGACUGCUCCUGCGUGUGCCGCUCUGCACCAGAGGCGGAAUGGCGCGCGUGGGGCGAGUGUAAGACGAAAGAACAGUGCAAGUACAAGCGCUGCAGCAGCGAGUGCCUCGAGGGCGACAAGGUAUGCAAAGAGAGAUGCCAGCACAACUGCGAGUGCCGCUGCUUCGGUAUCAACGCGGACAACAUGGAAGACGACUCGGUGAAGCAGUGCACGAUCAAUUUUGGGUGCCAAACUAAAAUGAAAAAGUGUCUAAAACACUGCGACACACUCAACGACAAAGCAAAGCGCAAAGAGUGCGUGUACCGGUGCAGCAUAGCAUCUGAGAAGUGUCACUGCGAGUGCGCCCGGAGCCGCCCGCCAAAGAUCCCCGAGAGUGAGGAGAGAGUCGAAAUAAUCCAGCACUGCAACUUUAUCUGUUAGGAACUGUAUUCAAUCUUCAUAUUAUGAACACUGCGUCCAUUAUAUGAAGAGAGGCGUUCGUAAGAUUUUAAGGGUGCGAUAUGUGCGCACCUGCAUUGGGUGUAAUAGAGAAUAAUCAGUGUUGCGGGUUUGUCUUCUCCCUCUGCCGGUAGGGCCGGUCAAGCGGCCCUCUAAGAGGAUUAUAGCAAACCUGGGGACACUGCUGGUAGGUGGAAAUGGCGCUCGUCAAACAAAAAUGUGUACAUUAAACAGAUAUGUACGUUAAAAAAAACCGAUGCCAAUAA